AUCUAGGGAAGCAGACACUAGGAUUACAAUUGUCUCUGAGCCUGGACCCCAAAAAGGAACCAGCACUUUUUACGGAGUUCAAAGGGUGGGAAGCCUUUCUUUUUUCCAGAAAAACUUGCUGGGAGGACAAUGCUAAAGCAGGCUUUACUUGGGGUUCUGUGUGCGGCCGUGGUUCUGUCCAUAGGAAUCCUUAUAGGCCACUUUGGUAUCUCAAAGAGCAGCAGUUCUGAGCCAUCCUGGAUGAAAGAUGUGGUCAAGGAUGUGGAUGAAAACCUCAUCAAGCAGUUUUUGUCAGAGGUGAAAACUUCCGAGCUCGAGCAAAACCUUCGGGAACUGACAAAAAUUCCCCACAUGGCCACAUCACCUGGAGAUGAGCAGACGGUUCAGUUCAUGCUGAAGAGAUGGAAAGACCCCAGCAGCGGCCUGGAUGACGCCUGGAGGCAGGAAUACGCCGUCUACCUCUCCUUCCCCGACCCAGAAAAACCCAAUAAGGUCACUGUGGUGGACCCAUCCGAUGCAGAGCUUUACACGGUCAGAGAAAAGGAGAAGCCCUACUAUGACGACCAAAGACAUCCUGAUGUGGUUCAGCCAUACGCUGCAUACGCCCCUGCGGGACACCCCAGGGGAAAACUGGUUUACGCCCAUCAGGGUAAAGCUGCUGACUAUGAGCUGCUGAACAAGACCGUGGACCUCAGAGGAACCAUCGCCAUCACCAGAUAUGGUGGAGCCGGCAGAGCAGCCAAAGCCAUCAAUGGAGCCCCAUACGGUGUGGUUGGUGUCCUUGUGUACACAGACCCUCUGGACAUCAAUGACGGUGUCAUGUCAGACACCAGUGAGACCUAUCCCCACUCGUGGUACCUGCCUCCCUCUGGUGUGGAGAGAGGCUCCUACAGUAUUCCCUUUGGAGACAUGCUCACACCCUACCUGGCUGCCAAAGAUGACACCUACAGGAUCCCACGGGAAAAUGUCACAGAGAUCCCGCCCAUUCCAGUUCAGCCCAUCGGAUUUGAGGAUGCAUACAAACUAAUUUGUGAGUUGGGUGGAGAUGCAGCCCCAAGUGACUGGCAGGGGGGAUUUAACUGCACCUACAACAACGGGGGGCCUGGGUUUAACACUGACUCCGUUUUCAACAACAGCGAUGUAAAACUGGACAUUUACAACCAUGAAACUGUCAAAAACUCCUCCAAUGUGAUGGGAAUCAUCAGAGGAAGCGUGGAGCCAGACAGAUACGUGAUCUAUGGAAACCACAGGGACAGUUGGGUCCAUGGAGCCAUCGACCCCAGCAGCGGCACGUCAGUUAUGCUGGAAAUAACCAGGGUUCUGGGCAGUAUGGUGAAGCAGGGUAAAUGGAGACCUCGCAGAUCCAUCAUCUUUGGCAGCUGGGGGGCCGAAGAGUUCGGUUUGAUUGGUUCUGCAGAAUACACAGAGGAUUAUUUUACCAAGCUGAGUGAACGCACAGUUUCUUACAUUAAUGUGGACAUAGCUACGUUUGCCAACGCCACGCUCAGAGCCUCAGGGGUGCCGUCGGUGCAGAACGUCAUAUUCCAGGCCUCCCAGCAGGUCAGCGCACCCGGACACGACUCUUUGUCUGUGUACGACAACUGGAUCAAGUACUCCAACAGAACCAGCCCGACCCACGGCCUCAUUCCCAGGAUGGGGUAUCUAACAGGAGCAGGAAGUGACUAUGCUGCCUUUGUUCACUACCUGGGAAUUGCCUCCAUGGAUAUUUCCUACACAUAUGACAGGACUAAAACAAAUGCUCGAAUUUAUCCUGCUUAUCACACGGCAUACGACACUUUUGACUAUGCCUCAAAGUAUAUAGAUCCUGGAUUUGUCAGCCAUCAAGCUGUAGCCAGGACAGCCGGAAACAUCCUGAUCCGACUGGCUGACAGUCUGCUGCUGCCACUGAACUGCACCGACUAUGCUGAGAGUCUGGAGGAUUAUCUGAAAGAGGCAGUGACCCUUUAUGAGGCGCAGCUUCAAACUAAAGGAAUCUCCAUGGAACCACUUAAAUGGGCAGUGGCGAACUUUCGUAGAGAAGCCAAGAAUUUAGAAGAGCUAAUUCGCAGUUCACAUCUGGCCAAUGACACGCCGCUGAAGGCCCGGAGGAUCAACGAUCAGCUGAUGUUGCUCGACCGAGCUUUCCUAAAUCCCUACGCCUUUCCAGAUCAAUAUGGAUUCAGACAUGUUAUCUGGGCUUCAAGCAGUGCUGGAAAACCCACUUUCCCCGGUCUGGCAGAUGCGUUCGCUCGCGUUCAGUCAUCAGGAGAGCCCAGAGACUGGGAGAAAGUCCAUUACCACCUGUCAGUGUUGAGCCAAGCCAUUGACGGCGCUGCCAGCAUGCUGGCUGAAGUCAUCUGAGUUGGAGCGGCAAUUUAAUCACCUUAUCAGGAGGCAGUGAUACUUUACAGUGAAGCUUCUUGUUAGUGAUCAGAAAAUCAGGGAUCUCAUCAUCUCCAGCAGUGACACCAAAGAAAACUCAGCAUCUACCUGAAAAUGAUGUGAUCAAAAAUUUUUCUUUUUUUAAGCUUUGCUCUUGGUGUUUCUUUUGAACUGAUGCAUAGUUUUUGUUUUACCGUUUUCUAUCUUAAAUACUUUUUUAAGUCUCAGGCUGUUUACAAUCCAAAGAUAUUAUUAUUUAGAAUGCUUCAUUGAUGGAAAAACAAAAUUGUAUUUACAAAAUAAAUAUGAUAACGUGUAAAAAAAUUAAUAAAGCUAAAAAGUUGCAAUUUCAUUAAACUGUGUCAUGUAUAUGAUUGUAAAAAAUCAUCACUGACAUUAGUUUAAUAGUAAAAACGAAUGUAAACUGAUCACAACCUAAAGGAACUCUGGGAAACUCGGCUGUCAUUUCAAAAGUCAUGUUUUACUAUUCAUUGUAAUACUUGGUCCUGCCUGCAGGAGUCAGAAAAAAACGUGGGAGAAGUGGGAAAUUCAGUCCCUUUUCUUGAAAAGUUUCAAUAAAAGAAGUCAUCUGAAAAGGAUUUAGAAAGUUAAACUUCUGAUAUUUAUUUUAACCUCAUGAAUGGAAAUGUUUUGGUUUCUCCCUUUGGGGCUCAUUACAGUAAAUCCCACCAUGA